GAGACAAUAACAACAAUAAGGACCGAUAAAGGGGUCGGGACGCCGCUUUUGGACACGGACUGCCCCCGGGGUGAGCACCCAGAGGACCCGCCACCGCUGUUUUAACCUGUACGCGUUUAUUCGCCCGUUUUAUUCGCUUAUAUUUCCAGUUUUAUCGGAGAGCUUCCUGCGUGCCCCAACAAAACGAGGGGACUGAGCGGCUAAUAACUUAGCUAGCAUGCUAAUCUGCCCUAUAUUUUAAUAAUCGGUCGUGCCGCUGUGCUCUCUGUCGGACUGAUGCUCGCUUUCAUGAACACACUCUUUACGGUGCGGGCGGGCUGCGGCGAUGCCUUUUCUAUUUUGGACAUUUUCUUUUGAUCGCUCACUUCUGUAAGCUGCCAUAAAGUUUUGAUAGCCGCCUAACUAAGCCUCGUCUCGGCUAUAGGGAGGAGUAGUUUUGUCAUACCGCCGCGGAUUGCCGGUUUAGCGGCCGUUCGUGCUUGUUUAGCAACUUGUUUGUUGUUGGCUCGCGAGCUAGCUCGUUAGCCGGACUGGUAGCCGUUCGUGGCGGUGGGUCCAGGCCUCGGCGGCGGCGCUGCGCUGACAGGACACAUGACAACAAAAGAUUAGCUGCUCCCGUGCUAGCUCGAUAACCCCCCAGAGUUCAUUAUUGUCAGUUUUGCGACUCGUUCUUUGACGGCACGUGGCUCAGCCUUAAGACACACAGAAUGCAUUUAGCAAUGUUACUGCAUUUGCCAAAUUUCCUGUUUGGCAGAACAUCCCGUCUCACUGUUUCCCUCUCAGUCUGAAUUUGAUGUAGCUGCCAUAGUCUCCUCUCAGUUGUAUCGUUAGCUCUGGUCUGAUUGUUUGUUUCUGAGAGAUGUCCAAACGCAUAGAGAAGCCCUCCAGGAGACUGUCGUGCAGCACGUGUGAGUAGGUGCUGGUACUUGGUCAAACUAUUGCGUCAUAGUUUGUGGCCCUUCAACACUCCCAGAUUCUUGAGAAGGGGCUCCCAGUGACACCCUGCCAUGUCAGAGGCUCUGAUCACAGGGCACACAUCGGAGGAUCUGUUGGCAGACUUUGAGACUCUACUAAACUCUGGAGGGAUCGGCCUGGGCGAGGACCACCAGAUAGUGAUCAUCACCAGCCCCAGCAAUGAGGGAUUCCACCCGGCAGCCGCCCCAACCAGCACAGGGGAAAUCCUGCUGUUCGCCACCCCGCAGGGCCCCGCUGACGUGGGCAUCCAGGACAAGAGACGACCGGCACUGGGAAGACCUCCGGUCAAGAGGAAGCUGGACCUGGACAGCGACCAUCAGUACGUCAGCACCACCCGACCGUCCACAGGCCAAGCGCCGCCCUCCACACCUGCACCUCCCAGAGUUCCUCGGACCACGACGGAGAAGUCGCGCUACGACACUUCGCUGAACCUGACGACCAAGCGCUUUCUGAACCUGCUGUCCCAGUCUGCCGACGGAGUGGUGGACCUGAACUGGGCCUCGCAGGUGCUGGACGUCCAGAAGAGGCGGAUCUAUGACAUAACCAACGUCCUGGAGGGAAUCCAGCUCAUCUCCAAGAAGUCCAAGAACAACAUCCAGUGGCUUGGUAAUCGGAUCGAUGCAGCGCUGGUUUCCCGCCACAAGGAGCUGCAGAGGGAGGUGUGUGACCUCACGGAGGCCGAGGAGCAGCUGGACGAGCUCAUUUCCAAAUGCAACCUCCAGCUCCGAAUGCUCACAGAGGACCCACAGAACAAGAAACUGGGCUAUGUGCGCUGCCAGGACUUGAGGCAGUCCUUCGAUUCCCCGGACCAGCUGGUCAUGGUGAUCAGAGCUCCUCCAGAAACCCAGAUGCAGGUUUCAGAACCCAGCGAGGGUUACCAGGUGUCGCUGAAGAGCACGCGAGGUCCCAUCGACGUCUUCCUCUGUCCAGACGACAGCUCAGGUGUCUGCAGCCCCGUGACAGGAAGCAGUCCUUCAAAGCCCUCCGCUGACCCCUCCCUCGUCCCGCCUCCUGCACCGACCACAGACCAAUCGCAACCCAAACCCUGCACCCCAGAAGUAGCUUUAUCGUCACCAGCGUCCACGUCGUCCACAGUGACAGCAGCCUCCCAGCAGGACCCGUCGGCGCUGGUGUUGGGUGGUGACACAGAGUCGCUGCUGGGUGGCGACCCGUUCUCCAGCCUCGGAGAUUUACCCGACUUCGACUUCUCGCCCCUCUCCUCCUCGGACUUCUUGAACGGAGAGGGCCUGGCACUCCCGUUGGACGGUUUCAUCAACCUGUCCCCCCCUCAGAGUCACGACUACCACUUUGGACUGGAAGACCACGAGGGCAUCAGCGAACUGUUCGAUUGUGACUUUGGGGAUCUGUCGCAAGUUUUGGGGGAAGGAUUGGAAGAAAAAGAAGAAGAAGAAGAGGAGGCACUCGCAGGCAAAUCAUUCUCUCUGUAG